AUGACUAUUACCGAGGCGGUCGCCGUGAUGGAGGAGGCAAUCGAGACCGUCGUUGGUCACGCGACCGAGGCCCAGACAGAGCGCGAUCGCCAGAUCGCCGAGGACAACGGAGCGGAGAUGGUAACCGGGACUACCGCGCCAGCUAAGUCCACACCGACGCAAGCCCAGACCGAAGCGGAGAAGAAGGCUGAACGACUACGCAAACUCCAAGCCAUGAAGGAGAAACAUGCCCAGAAGGAGGCGAAGGAAGCCGCCGUUACAGCGGGAAGUACUAGGAUGCUGUUGGCUGAAAUGGACCAAAAGGCUAGCGGCACACCAGGCCCAAACAGUCCCGUGGCCGGCGCCAUGAGUCCUGCCCCGACGUCCCCUGCACCCCCAAUGCCCUAUGCCGGCAAGUUCGACCCUAAAGCCAUCGCGAAGAGUUCCAAAGCCGCACGGCCUCAGUCCCCAACACGCCUUGGUGACGUGAAGCUGGCUGCACCGGCGCCGAAGCCGCUGGGUUUAAAAAAAGAGGCAAACCUCAAGGGUGCCGGCUUGUUACCGGCCAACAGGGCGAAAUCGUCGACGAAGCGUAAAAUAGAUAUGGACGACGAGGAGGUUAUCAAGCGUAAGCUCGUCAAACUCCCCGACUUCGUUCCGGAGAAUGCGGACAGCACGCCAGACGCGGAAGGCGAGGGGGAGGAAGAAGCGGAUGACUUGGACCUCCUCAUGGCUCAAAACGAGGAAGAGAUGGCAGAAGCUCACCGGGUUCUCCAAGAGCGGCGCGACGAGCGCAUUCAGAAGGAGGGGAUGGCCAUGGAUGUCGACACGGAAACGCCCAACGGCGAGACCAAGGACGAGGCCGAAAACGAAGCCAAUGUUGAAUCCAAGGAUGAAGCGGUGCUACCAGCCCCUUCUAUGGAUGUCGAUGAAGACGUUGACCCGUUGGAUGCCUUCAUGGCUGACCUUGAACAAACCGGCUCCGCAGGGGGUAUCGGCUCGGUACCUGCGCGACAGAAGCAGAAAGCCGGGAAGGGGUUCGAACCAGAAGCGUAUUUCAGCGAUGACGAUUACGGCUACGAAGAGGACAAGGCCGAUCCGUCUUCAAUACUCGCCAUGGCGAGCAAAAAGAAAAAGAAGGAUAUUCCGACGAUAGACUACAGCAAGAUCGAGCUGAACCAAAUACGGAAGAAUUUCUGGGUAGAGCCACAAGAGCUCAGUCAGAUGACCGAGGACGACAUCGCUGACUUGAGGUUGGAACUGGACGGCAUCAAAGUUUCUGGCAAGAACGUGCCCAAACCGGUCCAGAAGUGGUCGCAGUGCGGUCUUACUCGGCCAAUCCUUGAUGUGGUUGAAGGGCUUGGCUACGAGAAACCAACUUCGAUUCAGAUGCAGGCGUUGCCUGUGAUCAUGUCGGGCCGCGAUGUUAUUGGAGUCGCAAAGACUGGCUCCGGCAAGACGAUGGCCUUCGUUCUUCCCAUGCUCCGGCACAUCAAAGACCAAGACCCGGUGACCGGCGACGACGGCGCCAUUGCCCUGAUCAUGACUCCUACCCGAGAGCUGUGCACGCAGAUCUACUCAGACUUGCUUCCGUUCGCUAAGGCGCUAAAGCUCCGCGCGAUCGCUGCUUAUGGCGGGAAUGCCAUCAAGGACCAGAUCGCCGAGCUGAAGCGCGGCGCGGAAAUUAUUGUUGCUACGCCGGGACGCAUGAUCGACCUUCUCGCUGCGAACUCGGGCCGUGUCACUAAUCUCAAGCGUGCUACGUAUCUCGUACUGGAUGAAGCUGACCGCAUGUUCGACAUGGGCUUUGAGCCACAAGUAAUGAAAAUCUUCAACAAUGUCCGCCCGGACCGGCAGACGAUCCUCUUUUCUGCAACCAUGCCGAGGAUUAUCGAUGCGCUCACCAAAAAGGUGCUUCGCGAGCCGGUCGAGAUACAGGUCGGCGGUCGCAGCGUCGUAGCUCCCGAGAUCACCCAAAUUGUCGAGAUCUUGGACGAGGGCAAGAAAUUUGUCCGGCUGCUCGAGCUCCUGGGCGAGCUCUAUGCCGAUGACGACGAUGUCCGUGCUCUUAUUUUCGUCGAGCGGCAAGAAAAGGCCGACGACCUAUUGCGCGAAGUCCUGCGGCGCGGGUAUGGCUGCAUGUCCAUACACGGCGGCAAGGAUCAGGAAGACCGUAAUUCGACCAUUUCAGACUUCAAGAAGGGCGUCUGUCCCAUCAUGAUCGCAACGUCGGUGGCGGCGCGCGGUCUAGACGUCAAGCAGCUGAAGUUGGUCGUCAACUACGAUGCGCCAAACCAUCUCGAGGAUUACGUCCAUCGCGCGGGCCGCACCGGGCGCGCUGGCAACACGGGCACGGCCGUCACGUUCAUCACCGAGGAGCAGGAGAAUUGCGCGCCCGGUAUCGCGAAGGCUCUCGAACAGAGCGGGCAGCCUGUGCCUGAGCAGCUCAACGAGAUGCGUAAGGCGUGGAAAGAAAAGGUCAAGACCGGAAAAGCCAAGGAUGCUAGCGGCUUCGGCGGGAAGGGUCUCGAGAGGCUCGACAAGGAACGCGAGGCGGCGCGCGUCCGCGAGCGCAAGACGCACAAGGCCGAGGGCGAGGAGGACGACUUCAAGGAGGAAGAGACGGCGGAGGACGCGGCCAAGAAGGACAAGGCCAAGUCGGCCAUCCUGGCAGCCGCGUCGGCCAUCGUCUCCCGCGAGUCAGCGAAGGCGGAUGCUAGCGAGGCCAAGCCGUUGCCUGCCGCUGCCGAGGGCGCGGUCAAGGGAGGGGUCACGGUCAACGCCGGGAAGGGCGGGGCGCUCGACAAGGCGGCCUCGGCCAUCAGCGAGAUCAACGCGCGGCUGGCGCGGGCUGGCCAGCUCCGGCCCGGCCAGCCGAUCGACAACAAGGGCCCCGACGCCGGCGCAUUCCACGCGACGCUCGAGAUCAAUGACUUCCCGCAGAAGGCGCGCUGGGCGGUCACCAACCGCACCAACGUGGCCAAGAUCCUCGAGGCCACCUCGACGUCGAUCACGACCAAGGGCAACUACUACCCGCCCGGCAAGGAGCCGCCCUCCGGGUCGGACCCCAAGCUGUACAUCCUUAUCGAGGGCGACACGGAGCUGGCGGUCGGCAAGGCGCUGUCGGAGCUUACUCGUCUUCUUAGAGAGGGGACGAUUGCUGCGGCGGAUGCCGAGAGCCGGGCGCCGGCGAGCGGGCGGUACACCAUUGCGUGA